AUGACUUCGAGCGAGGGUUUCGAUCGUGUUAUGGCUCGUCUUGGCGUUGACUUCCUCACCCGCAAAGCUGGUAAUGCCGCCAAGCCAAUGAUUAAGCUGACCGAAGUGAAUGAUGGUGCCGAACCCAAGACAUAUUGCCUUAAGAACAUAAAUACUUUCCGUAGCACUGAGGUGCAGUUUCGAUUACAGGAGCCAUUCCUGGAGACCACUCCGGAUGGAAGAAAGGUGAAGACGGUGAUUAGUUUGGAAAAAGACGACGCAGAUGGGAAAUGGGUUCUUCGACAAUGCCAAGUGGGUGACAAAGUGACGGAUAUUUAUAGACGUCUGGAUGACAUCGAUGUAAUGAGAUCGGGUGGCGGUGUCUAA